AUGGCGCCACCAACCGGACUCGAGGCCCAGCUCUGGGACGCCAUCCAGCGCGGCAACACGGCCGACGCCAUCGAGCUCCUAGCCCAAGGCGUGGACCCCGAGAGCCGCAACCCCUUGCACGCCUGGACGCCACUGCACGUCGUUGCGAGACAAGGCAACGUCGCGCUCACCGACAUCCUCUUGGCCCUCGGCGCCAAUGUGGACGCGCUCGACCAGAAAGCCUACUCGCCGCUGCAAUACGCAGUGUACGUCAAGACGCCGGGUCGCCUCGCAGUGGCGCAUCGCCUCUUGCUCGCCAACGCCUCGAUUGAUGUCCCAGGCCAGGCCGGCCAGGAGCUAUUGAGUCUGACGGAGCGUGAUCCGGACAAGGCCAUGUUCGAGCUGCUGCUCGCACACACGGCGGUCCGCGACGCGACGCCAGACGACAAGGAGCGUGCCCAAGCCGCGCUGAGAACGUGGCUGGAAACACACAACAUUCCGACGACACGCAAUGACGACGAUAUGGCCAUGUUGCUCCAGCGCGCGGCCGUCUAUGGAUGCGCUCGCGUGUUCGAUCGGCUCUCGAACGCGGGCGCGGACGUUACGACGUGCUUAUCCGAUGGUCUCGACCUCCUCGCGAUCGCUGUACUUCAUGGUCACGACCAACUCGCGCGCAAGCUCUACGAUCGCAUGUACCCGUCGGUGGCUUCGAUUGCCGCGACGGGCGUGUGCAUUGAAGACCACGACUUGGGUUGUGGAAGCAACUAUAGCGUGCGAAAAGGCGUCUACAAGGACGCGCCGGUUGCAAUCAAGCAGCCUCCUCACGCCUCCCAACGCAAUUUGAAAAUGUUGCGCGAGGACAUCAAGCUGCAAACGACGAUUCAGUCGCCGUACAUGCUGCCGCUGCUCGCUACCGUCGACCUCGAGCCCAACAAUCCAAUGAUGGUGACGGAGUUUAUGGACCAAGGCACCCUCUACGACUACCUUGCCAAGAAGCGACGGGAUGAGACUUCGCGGCCAUCGAGAAGCGAAAACGUCUUCCUCUCCUCCAAGCACGGUAUCAAGCUCAGCGGGCUUGAGUGUGCGCAAACGGUCGAUCACGCACUUACCUGCUGGGCCUGCCCGAUGCACUACCGGUGGAUGGCACCGGAAGUCUUCCCAACGGUGGGCUACAUCGAAGACGAAGUGGUGUACGAAACACCUGCCGACAUUUACUCGUUCGGCGUUGAGCUCACAGAGCUCGACACGGGCGACAUACCGUACGCCAACUUUGACGCUCAUCAUCCCGAUGAGAUUUUGAAGCGAGUGAGUGCCGGAACCCUUCGCCCAUCCAUGGGCCCCGACUGCGCGCCAUGGCUGCGCGAGCUCGCAGACCGCUGCUUGGCGUUCGACCCAGCAGAGCGCCCGACGGCAUCGGACAUUGUGGCGAUUUUGGCGCCGCACUUGAACGAUCACCCUGCGCCAUAG